GUCGGUGAAGCGUUUGCAUCGGAAGAGGGGCAGGUUUUCGCGAGGCAGAACCUCAACCCCAGCUUUUCGACCGCAGCGAACACCAGCACAAACUCGCGGCCACGCUCAUUUCCUUCUGUCUCCUUUUCUUCAGUCGCUCCUUCAUCAUGGCGUCCUCUCUCAAAGUCAUUGCGCUCAUUUCCGGCGGCAAAGAUUCCCUUUUCUCCAUCCUGCAUUGCCUGGCGAACGGCCACGCCGUCGUAGCUCUUGCAAAUCUCUACCCGCCCCCGACUCCUGACGAUGACGACCUGAACAGCUACAUGUACCAGACCGUUGGACAUGCCGUGAUUCCUUUGUACGAAGAAGCCCUGGGCAUUCCGCUGUAUCGGGAGGAGAUUCGCGGCUCCGCUGCCAAUUCGUCCAGAGAUUACACCGCGCAGGAGGACGACGAGACCGAGUCCCUGGUUCCACUAUUGAAGAGGAUCAAAGAAGCGCAUCCGGAGGCAAAUGCGGUGUCGACUGGCGCUAUCUUCUCCACGUACCAGCGCACGCGCGUGGAAUCUGUAGCUGUCCGCCUUGGCCUGACUCCCCUGUCCUAUCUCUGGCAAUACCCGUACCUGCCGCCGUAUACGCAAUCGAGCUUACUGUGCGAUAUGGAGGCCGUGGGCCAGGAUGCUCGGAUUAUCAAAGUCGCGUCUGGCGGGCUAGACGAUGGCUUCCUAUGGGCGAACGUAGCGGACUCAAGGACUGUGGCUCGUAUGAAGAAGGCUCUGGCACGCUUUAGCGAGGACGGAGACGGUGCCCUGGUUGGCGAGGGAGGGGAGUUCGAGACGCUGGCAGUUGACGGGCCAUCGCUGCUCUGGAGGAAGAGGAUUGAGGUAGAGCCUGACCGUGUCGUGCAUCAGUCCGGUGGCACUGCGAUCUGGCACGGCAAGAACGCGCACGUCGUGGAUAAGCCGCUCGAGUCGUUCAAGCUGGAAGACCUAAGGAGGCCCCCUCUCUUCGAUGACGAGUUCCUGGACAUCCUGCGCGCGGAUAUGGAUACCAGCGCCGGCGUCAUUUCACUCCCUCCCGACCUUGCUCACCACACCGCGCCGCCCACGAACAACUGCGCCAAAACGCAGAAUGCAUUUGUUUACAGCAACAUCACCGGUGAAACGGCGCCUGGCCUCGCUUCGGAGGUGAAGGCGCAAAUGGCCAACAUUUUCCUCCGUCUGGAUCACGCUCUUGCCGCCUACGACAUCUCUAAGCAAGACAUCGUCCACUGCACACUUCUCCUUCGCCGCAUGAGCGAUUUUGCCUCCGCAAACGACAUCUACUCGCAGUACUUCGACUACACGAAUCCGCCUGCUCGAGCUACGGUGGCUGUUGGAGACUGCAUGCCAAAUCCCCUCGACGUCACGCUUUCUGUCUUCGCCGAGAAGGACAGCGACCGGAAAGGGCUUCACGUCCAAAGCCAGAGCUAUUGGGCCCCAGCAAACAUCGGUCCGUACAGCCAAGCUAUCUCCACCAUGCUGCCUCCGCGCGAUCGAAGCGCCGUAAAUGGCACCGAAGACCUCCACGCCGCCGGAAGGAUAGUCCACAUCGCCGGCCAGAUCCCGCUUGUCCCCGCUUCAAUGAAGCUCUUCACGCCUUCUUUGAACACGAUAUUAGAAGAAGAUAGCUUCAAGGGCGAAGCCGUCCUCGCCCUGCAGCACCUCUUCCGCAUAGGAAGAACGCAGGGCGUGAAAUGGUGGACCGCAGGCCUCGCAAUGCUCCCCUCCAUCCCCUCCGCAAAAGAGCAAGAAAAACGCGUCCUGCUCGCCCAAGCACUCUGGAAAGCUAUCCACGCACCUCCAUCGCCCACCGAAGACCAAUCUGCCGCCGAAGAAGAGCUCGACGCUUGGGACCUGAAGAACCUCCUCCCCACCUUCCAAGACACUUCGCGCCGACCCGCAAUCCCGCACCGAAACAGCAUCCUUUCUUCAUCUUCUUCCCCCGCAGACCCGCCGCCAACACCGCCCUGCUUCGUCGCGGAUAUCUCCGCCCUCCCGCGCGCCGCGAACAUCGAGUGGCUCGCCACCGGCCUGGCCGCGUCUUCAAUCGCCGUUCGGCAAAGCGAUUACCCCUUGACGCACUUCACGCAGCCCGAUCCGCAGACUGCUUCUUGCGCGGCGCGCUUCUGCGCCAGAGAGAUCAC